AUGGAUGAUGAUAAUUCGGGGAAGAAAAAAGGCCAUAGGGAGCGCCAUUCUGGAAGGAAGGUGGAGAAGAAAAAGCUGAAAAAGUCUAAAGAAUCCGGUGAAAUCAACGAUGAUCCUAAGUCGAGAAACCCGAAAGCGUUCACGUUCAAUUCAGCGAUAAGAGCAGAGCGGAGAUUUCGAAGGAAAGAAGAUAUUAACACUAAGAAACAACACAUUCCUCUCGUGGAUAGAACGCCUUUGGAGCCGCCUCCUGUGGUCGUAGCGGUAGUGGGGCCGCCUAAAAUCGGAAAGAGCACUCUCAUCAACAAUUUAAUCAAAUUAUUCACCAAAAUACCGUUAACGAACGUCAAAGGCCCCGUUACGAUAGUCACCGGCAAGAAGAAGAGAAUCACGUUUUUCGAAUGCAACAACGACAUUAAUUCCAUGAUCGAUUUAGCGAAGGUGGCGGAUUUAGUGCUUCUAUUAUGCGACGCCAGUUUCGGUUUCGAAAUGGAAAUCUUCGAGUUUUUGAACAUUUGCCAAGUACACGGAAUGCCGCGAAUAAUGGGCGUUCUAACGCAUCUAGACCUGAUUAAAAACAGCAAAGCGUUAAAAACAACCAAAAGAACGUUGAAACACAGAUUCUGGACCGAAGUCUAUCCAGGCGCAAAACUAUUCUACCUAUCCGGCAUAAUCCACGAGGAAUAUCUGAGAAACGAAAUCAAAAAUUUAGGUAGAUUCAUAAGCGUAAUGAAAUUCCGACCGCUACAAUGGAGGACCACUCACAGCUAUUUAGUAGGCGACCGAUACGAGGAUCUCACCAAUCAAGAAUUAAUGAGGAAGAAUCCUAAAUGCGAUCGAAACGUCGCCUUGUACGGGUACAUACGAGGCGUUCCUCUAAAGAAAGACUGUUUCGUUCAUAUAGCAGGUUUCGGAGACAUGAAAAUACACGACCUCUCCUACCUGCCGGAUCCUUGCCCUCUGCCCGAGCAAUUGAAGAAACGGGCGCUCAUCGAAAAGGAGAAAUUGAUUUACGCGCCCUUCUCGGGCGUCGGAGGAAUCGUCUACGACAAAGACGCCGUUUACAUGGAAUUAGGGGGUUCGCACAGCCACGGGCACAGGGAAGACGAGACCGAGAACAUCGUAUCGAAUUUGAUCGGCACGAAGGAAACUCUCGACGAGAAACUGAAGCAUUCCGAACUGCAAAUUUUCACGGGCGGGAAGACGAUCACCAACGACGAUUUUAGCGGCGAUGAAAGCGACGAUGAGGACGAGGAGGAAGUGCAGCUGUUUGAGAAGAACGAGAAGCGAUCGGAGAACUCCGAACUGGACGCGGAAUUGAGUAAAUUGAGAAAGAACUACGUUAAAGUAGAAGAUAACGGUAGGAUAAGAAGGAAAGUUAUAUUCGAUGACAAUUUAGACAUUAACGAUGAUGAAAGUGAUGGCGAUGAGAGCGAUGAUGACGACGCGGAGAAGCACGAAGAAUACUGCAUGAACUUGCAGAAUAACAAAAACGACGAACUCAAUUUAAAAGUCAAAGAUAUUCUGAAUAAAAUCGAAUCCGAUCAGAAAAAGCGAACCGAAGAGGCCUCGUCCGAUGACGACGACAGCGACGAUAACGAGGGCAUCGAAUGGAAGGAAAACAUGAUGGAGAAAGCUAAAGAAUCCUUCGUUAAUCGACAAACGAUGAACAAAAACCUAAUGAAACUAGUUUACGACUUUCAGGACGAGCACGACGAGAAAGCCGAAGAAGAAACCGAAGAUUCGCAAGAAAACGAAAUCGGCGGAUUGUUUCGAAAAGUCUCCAAAGAACAACACCAGCUCAAACGAAACAAAGACGUCAUGAAUCUAACGGAAUCCUCCUUAAUGCUGCCCUGGGACUCCCCCAUGAAAGACUGGACAUUACCGGAGAACAAAGACUCGAUAACAAACUGCUUCGUGACGGGCAAAUGGAAAGACAGCGAAGACGCCACCGAGCUCCUGAAAUUAGACGACGCCGAGACGCUCAGCGACGCCGAUUCGGAGGUGUUCGGCGACUUCGAGGACCUCGAGACCGGCGAGAAGCACCGGGAUCGGGCGAAGCCCGAGAAACGCAAGCGAGACGAGUGCGAUAAGGACGCCGAGGCCGACGGCGAAGCGCUCGCCGACAAGAAACGCAAGCUAAAGGAGAAAUUCGACGCUGAAUACGACAACCAGGAGAAGCUGAGCUACUACGACGAAUUGAAGUUGUCCGCCGAGAAGCAGGCGGAAUUGAACAAAACCGUGUUCGAUAACGUGCCCGAUGAGAUUCGAGUGCAAAUCGAAGGGUACAGGCCGGGCAUGUACGUUCGAUUGGAAUUUCGGGACGUACCGUGCGAAUUCGUCGAACAUUUCGAUCCCACUUGUCCUUUAGUUAUCGGUGCUUUAAACAUGGGCGAAGAGAACAUAGGUUUCGUUAACGUGAGAAUCAAAAAGCACCGUUGGUACAAGAAAAUCCUGAAAACAGCCGAUCCUUUGAUAAUAUCGUUGGGUUGGAGGCGAUUCCAAACGAUACCGUUGUUCUCCAAAUUGGAGGACGACAUGAAGUUCAGGUAUUUGAAGUACACGCCGGAACAUUUGGCGUGUAACGCCCAUUUUUGGGGUCCCAUUACGCCCCAAGGGACAGGGUUUUUGGCGUUGCAAACGGUAAAUUCGGAGAGUGGUAAUUUGCAAAAAAUUGGGUUCAGGAUAGCGGCGACCGGUACUGUACUGGAGUUGGACAAGAAUACUAGGAUAAUGAAGAAAUUGAAAUUAAUCGGGCAUCCUAUGAAGAUAUACAAAAAGACCGCUUUUAUAAAAGGAAUGUUCAAUUCAUCAUUAGAAGUGGCCAAGUUCGAAGGGGCUCGAAUAAAAACCGUCUCGGGCAUAAGGGGACAGAUAAAAAAAGCGGCAAUCAAACCGAAAGGUUGCUUUAGGGCGACAUUCGAAGAUAAAAUAUUGUUAAGCGAUAUCGUUUUCUGUCGUACGUGGUUCAAAGUGGACGUGCCGAAAUUUUACAACCCCGUAAACACUCUUCUCCUACCGGCGCUCGAAAGGAACUCUUGGAAGGGCGUCAGAACCACCGGCGAGGUCAAGCGAGAACAGGGAAUCAAGAAUCCCGCUAAUGCGGAUAGUUUGUACACUCCUAUCGAAAGAGAAGAGAAACCGUUCAAACCGCUCGUCAUACCGAAGAAAUUACAAAAGCAAUUGCCCUACAAGGACAAGCCCAAAUACAACUCGAAAUCCACCGAUAAAUUGGAUAGGAUAGCCGUCAUCGCCGAACCGCAGGAGGAAAAAGUAUCGACUAUGAUGAAAAUGUUGAGGGCGACUUAUGAAAAGAAACAAGAAAAACUCAAAGAAGAGACGAAAGAGAGGAUAGAACAAUUGCGAGAAAGGAUCGAAGGAAUCGAAGCAAACAAAUAUAGGAAAUUAAAGGAGAUCAAGAAGCAAGUGCACCGAAUGAGGAGCAAACAAGCGAAAUCUAAAGGAGGAAAAAAAUAA